AACCGAAAACCGAAUAACAGCAGUCGCAAACCACUCGCAGGAGCGCCUAUCACGCCCGCAACGGCAACCCGCGCCACACGCAACGUUGUCACAUCUCGUUCGCAACCUCGAAAUAACCUAAGCCCGAGUCGCUUCUAGGAAUCGGACCAGCAGCGUCCUAAAAAUAACAACGUCGUUCUCCGUUCCUGCUGCCGUUCGUUUUUCUUUUAUUUCGCCGAGAACACGGAUCAAGUGUGCGCGCCAACGGGACUAAAUUUAAACGUUCCUGCAUACUGUUUAGCACGCGUAAGUAAGUAAAGCACGGAAAAGUGUCCGAAGAAUAAAAAUUCGCGCGUUGUUGUUUUGAUUAGCGUACAUUUAUUGUGUUGUUUGUUGUUUUGUUGUUGUUAAGUGACCGUUAACGAGGAAAGUCGGUGCUGGAAGUGUAUUUGUACGACCUUGAAAAGUUUUUAGCGCGCGCCUUGAUUGGAUUUUAGCAUGCCGCUAAGUAAGGACCCGGUGUGGUAAAUGCGAAAGAAAGAGCAUCAUCAUCAAUCACCAUCAUUCCGCUAGACUUGCGACACAUUUUCUAUAAACAUGGACGAAAACGAUAUAGAUGCCAGUAGUCCAUUGAGGAAUUCAUAUGAUGCUACUCACCUGAGUGAUGUCAUUGACGUUAUCAGAGAAAACGACCCGGACUUCAGAGAGUCCUCCAGUGACCCAGCGCGCCCUCUACCGUCGUCCAUGUCGUACAACGGAGGCGGUGAGAUACCCUUGCCACCCCAGCCACAACAUCCCCCCAAUACCGGAGCCCGCCGAAGGCAGCAGGCCUAUGUUAGAAUUAUAGAGCAACCUGCAUCGAAAGCCUUAAGGUUUCGGUAUGAGUGCGAAGGUCGGUCGGCUGGCUCCAUUCCAGGAGCGAGCAGUACGCCGGAAAACAAGACAUAUCCAGAGAUCCAGGUGGAAGGAUACCGGGGGAAAGCGGUAGUCGUAGUUUCUUGUGUUAUGAAAGAUCCGCCUUAUGCGGUUCAUCCCCACAAAUUAGUAGGUAGGGAAGGAUGUAGAAAAGGAGUUUGUACCUUACAUAUACCUCAAGACACGAUGAGAGUCCAGUUCUCGAAUUUGGGCAUUCAGUGCGUUAAGAAAAGGGACAUCGAGAGUUCGUUGAGGACUAGGGAAGAGAUUAAAGUCGAUCCUUUUAGGCAACAUUAUCACCACAAAAAUCAACCUACCUCAAUAGACCUCAACGCAGUCCGAUUGUGCUUUCAGGUGUUCAUAGAGGGCGACACGCCUGGGAAGUACAGCGAACCGCUGAAACCCGUAGUCAGCGACAUAAUUUAUGACAAAAAGGCAAUGUCCGACUUGACAAUAAUCAAGCUGUCACAUUGUGUCAGUUAUGUCAAUGGUGGUGGAAAGGAUAUAAUAUUGUUGUGUGAAAAGGUCGCAAAAGAAGAUAUCGAAAUCCAUUUCUUCGAAAUGGAAAACGACAAGCGGGUGUGGAGUGCCAAGGCCGAUUUCCAGCCGUCACAAGUCCACAAGCAACACGCCAUCUGGUUCAAAACGCCGCGCUACAAAACGCUGGACGUCACCGAACCUGUCAAAGUCUUCAUCCAACUCUACAGGCCAUCGGACCAGGUCACCAGCGAGCCCUUACCCUUCGAACUGCUCCCUGUCAACUCAGGUAGGACGCCGUAUUGGUCCCUUAAGCACGGCCUCGCCCACAAGAAGGCCAACUACGAUUUGUUCAAUAGCAUACUGACCAACGACAUCAAGUUGGUCGCUAAAAGACAGUUGAAUAGUUCAGGACUUGAUAAAAUCGAGGAAACGAACAACAACGAAACUAAUAUUCCGAAUUACGCGGACGUUAAAAAGAGUAAACUGGACGAUGACGUUAUUUUAGUCUCUAGCCCGGAAACCGUCUCGGAACCGGCAGAAGAAAAGUCUUUCGGUGACGAUCUUAUCAACCAAGCUGACGCGAUAUAUUCAGACACCCACAAGCUUCUAAACGAAAAUGUUCCGGUUAAUAUACCAAAACCUCCCUUCGGACCUCCCCAGGAUGAGUCUUUCGAUGACGCGCGCACUUAUUCCAGUUUACAGCUCGCUUUCAAAAACCCUCUUUCUUUAGAAGUCCAUCAAAGAUACGAGGACAUAAUUAUCAACCCUCCUAGUCCAAGAAUUAGCGUAGCUCCUACAGUACUACCUCCGAAACCUGCUCCUAAAGUUACACCACCUCCGAAACGCGAUAACGACUCUACUUUACCUCCUCUACCUCCUAAGCGUACUAAGAAACUUGAAACUUACAUCGGAGGGUCUAUGACGAGCAUUCAGCUGACUGGAAAGCAAGCAGAUGUUCUCUUAACUCGUUCAGGGAGCAUGAGGUCUACUUCAGUUAGUCGUACGCAGUCAUUUAACUUGCAACGUCCUAAAUCACAGGGUGAGCUUUCCCCGCCAGGCAAAAGCCUUCCGCCGGUACCAAACGCUUCUGCCACACUACCGAACCCGAAGAAACGUGGCUUCUUUUCAAAACUUUUCGGCCGGAAGUCUUCAAAGGUAAACACACCCGCACCGUCGCGUGAAACCAGCGUGACCCGAUCGUGUCACAGUUCUAAAUCCCUCCAGGUCGACCAAACCCUUUCGAAAAGCUCAGGGAAUAUCUCCACUCACUCUUCUAAUAGUAUACGGAUUAGAUUAAAAGACGAUAGUCCUCCACCGAACACUAGUACUGCUACAUCCCUAUCAGUUACGCCUAUACCUACAUCGAAUCAGCUGUUUCCCACUGCACCAAUGUACGACGAAGAUCUAGACUUGCAGAUGGAUUUGACGGAGGCUGAGAACUACGCGCUGUACACCGCGAUGGCGCCACAAGCGACUCAGAGCGAGUUCGACGAGUUUAGUUGUUACUAUGCCCCGGUAGAGGGCGGUAAAAUUCUUACCAGCGCCGAGAGGUUAACGGGAAAAACGUAAUAUCCAGUAUACUCUUAUCAUCGAAUUAUCAUUGAAUAGAUAUCUUACCAAGAUAUCUAUUCAAAAUAUCAUGGCAUUUAAUUUAUUAACAAUUAUUUGUUAUUCGAUAAAGAGAAUAAUCAACAUGAAUAUAUUCAAACGAGAAAGGUCUUUAAGAACAUCACAGUUCAUCACAGUUAUAUAAGGUCUUAGCAACUAAUUUCAGACAUGUUUAACUUUGGAGUUAAAAAAAGAUAAUCUUUUGAAAAAAAGAUUAUCGUUUUUUAAGACAGUUUAAAGGAAAUUAUUUAUUUUAUUUAAAAAAAAAAUUCUGCGCUCAGUUAUUUUAAGUUAAAUAAGAGAGUUUGCUGUAAGAAACAAAAAUUGGCAUUCAAUUGGCAAUUCAAAACGAACAACAACGAAACAAUCCAAAUUACGCGGACGUUAAAAAGAGUAAACUGGACGAUGACGUUAUUUUAGUCUAUAGCCCGGAAACCAUCUCGGAACCGAUAGAAGAAAAGUGUUUCGGUGACGAUCUUAUCAACCAAGCUGACGCGAUUUAUUCAGACACCCAUAAGCUUCUAAACGAAAACGUUCCGGUUAAUAUACCGAAACCUCCGUUCUGGUCUCCACAGGAUGAGUCUUUCGAUGACGCGCGCACUUAUUCCAGUUUACAGCUCGCUUUCAAAAACCCCCCUUCUUUAGAAGUUCAUCAAAGAUACGAGGACAUAAUUAUCAACUCUCCUAGUCCGAGAAUUAGUGUAGCUCCUACAGUACUACCUCCUAAACCUGCUCCUAAAGUUACACCACCUCCUAAACGCGAUAACGACUCUACUUUACCCCCUCUACCUCCUAAGCGUACUAAGAAACUGGAAACUUACAUCGGAGGGUCUAUGACGAGCAUUCAGCUGACUGGAAAGCAAGCCGAUGCUCUCUUGACUCGUUCAGGGAGCAUGAGGUCUACGUCAGUUAGUCGUACGCAAUCGUUUAACUUGCAACGUCCUAAAUCACAGGGUGAGCUUUCCCCGCCAGGCAAAAGCCUUCCGCCUGUACCAAACGCAUCUGCCACACUGCCGAAUCCGUAGAAACGUGGCUUCUUUUCAAAACUUUUCGGCCGGAAGUCUUCAAAGGUAAACACACCCGCACCCUCGCGUGAAACCAGCGUGACUCGAUCGUGUUACAGUUCUAAAUCCCUCCAGGUCGACAAAACCUUUCGAAAAGCUCAAGACAUAUCUCCACUCACUCCUCUAAUAGUAUACGGAUUAGAUUAAAAGACGAUAGUCCUCCUCCAAACACCAGUACUGCUACAUCUAUAUCACGUUACGCCCAUACCUACGUCGAAUCAGUUGUUUCCCACUGCACCAAUGUACGACGAGGAUCUACGUAGACUUGCAGAUGGAUUUGACGGAAGCUGAGAACUACGCGCUGUACAACGCGAUGGCGCCACAAGCGACUCAGAGCGAGUUUGACGAGUUUAGUUGUUUUUUAGUAAAAUUCUUACCAGCACCGAGAGGUUGACAGGGAAAACGUAAUAUCCAGUUUACUCUUAAACGGAUCCGUAUUACCAAGAUAUCUCUAUUCAAAAUAUCAUGGCAUUUAAUUUAGUUAACAAUUAUUUGUUAUUGGGUGAAGAGGAUAAUCAGCUUGAAUAUAUUUAUUAACAAACGAGAAAGAAAUACGAGUUUUUAAGAUUACAGUUUUAUAAGGUCUUAGCAACUAAUUUCAGACAUGUUUAACUUUGGAAUAAAAAAAGAUAAUUUUUUGAAAAAACAAAGAUAUAGUUUCAAGUAUAUUAUUUAUUUUAUUUAAAAGUCUUUUGCACUUAGUUAUUUUAAUUUAAGUAGGUGAGUUUGGUGUAAGAAACAAAAUUGAUCGUAUUAGAUGUCAUUUAAAUAAAAGCUCAUUUAUUAUACAGUUUUCUAAUAAUAAUUUUAGCUUAUUAGCUUUCCUAUCUAAAAACUAUUGAUUUGAAUAUAAUUAGGAGAUAUUCACUCAUAUAAUAGGAAAUUACUAUUUUUUAAGCGUAUACUUAGGGUAUUUCCUAAAUUUUUAAUAUCUGUACCCUAGAAGCAAACUACCUACAUUAAGUCCAAAAUUGGCAUAUUUGAGUCACUCCAAAAAAUAUUGGUAUAAUUUAUUUAAAAAAUAGUUUUACAAUUCAUUUAAGUUCAAAAUAAGUUGUUCAUAUACCAAAUAUUACAAUCAUAGGUUUAAAAAUACACGAGUAAUUAAGAAAUAACUUCAAAAAAAAUUAAUGCAAUUAUUAAAUUGUAUUAGAAAUAUACAAUUAGUUGCAGUAAAAUAGGUAUAGAAUUUUAAUCUUAAGAACUCUUGUUUCUUCUCUUUUAUGUCUAAUUAUUGUUUAAUUGAAUUUGUCAUGAUUAUUUUUUAAAUUACAUUUGUAUGAUAAAAUGUAUUUACUAUGACUAUGACUAUGUAAAUAUAUAAAUUCAAGAAUUCUCUUUAUUUACUAAUGACAUUAAGGUCAAAUUAAAGUAACCAUAAAAUACGUAUUUUCAACCAAAUAAUUACCAUUACUUAAAUAAUAUACCACUUUACAUAUAUCUGUAAAGUAGGACCCAAAUAUUAUGAUAUAACUCUUAGAAUUAGAAUCGAUGUCACUUUUUAAUUAUUUUUUAAUUCUUAUUUUAUUUAACUCUUUUUUGUUUUGUUGUUUUAUAUAUUUUAUGCAUUUUUUUGUUUGUUUUGUAGUUAGUGAUAAAGAUUUUAAGAGAAAGAGGCCCAAAUUCGACCAUAGCGAUGUUAUUAAUCGAUUGUCUGAUCAGGAUCGUAAGUUUUAUUUUAUUUAAUUCUGUACAUUUUUGGUGGUGGGCAUCGGACGCAUAAAAAUGAAAAAUUAUUUUCAUUAUUAUUUUCAUGAUGUAAAAUGACACUCAAACAAUCUUUGCAGAUGUAAAAAGUAUAUCAUAAUUUAAUAACCAUUUUAAUUGCACAUAUCAUCAAAAGAUUCAGUGAGUUCAUUUUAUACCUUUUAUAUAUCUAUAAUUCUAAAAAAUAACAUAACAAUAUUAAAAUUAUUCUUGUCUGUGUUCCUGUUAUUUCUAUUUUGCUAAAUCCGCAACAGCAAAUAAUUAAACUCAUCAUAUUCAAAUCUUACGUGCCUCAACAAAGAAAAGUGAAUCAUUCAUUUCUAAAUUAUGUCAACGUACAACCACAGAUUAGGUAUACUAUAUGUAUGCAGAUAAAAAUCUUAUCCCUAAUUCGUGGUACGAAAAUUGUUUUUUAUGACGAUGUGCAAACGAGUAAAAUAACAAUAAACAGCGUAAUAGAGAGAUAUCGUUAAACCGAAUAGCGGACAUGGACGUUAAUAUUAUAUAGGCCAGGUGUUAUUUCCUUUACGUGAGGUGGUAUUAACUCUCUUCAUUUAUAGUUAUCGGACCGGAAAGAAUUCUGUUCGCGUCGCGUCCGCUAUUUAAACUUAACCUAACUUUGAAUU